AACAGUUCCUCAAGCCUCGGAUUCUUUCUUUAAAAUCCCACUCAAAGAAUGUUCUUCUCCACAUUUUCUUUGCUUUUUUCUCUUUUAUAAUUCCUUUGUCCAAAGAAAACAUGUAACUGAAGAAAUAUAUGGUUUUUUGUUCUUUGUAUAUUGGAAAAGUUGUUUCAAUGGACUGGAGGCUUGAAUAGCAAAUAGCAAAAGAGGGAGUGGAGAUGAGGGGGGAGUCAUCUGGUUUGAUCAUUGGGAUUUCAAUUGGAGUGGUGAUCGGUUUGCUUUUAGCUAUUUUUGCACUGUUUUGUAUCAGGUAUCAUAGAAAGAGAUCCCAGAUAGGAAACAGCAGUUCCAGGAGAGCUGCAACUAUUCCUAUCUGGGCUAAUGGAGCUGGUUCUUGUACCAUAUUAUCGGAUUCGACUAUUGAUCCUGAGUCACCUGUGAAAUCUGUAAGAAAUGGAAUGUCUAUGUGGAUUGAAGGGUUUAGAAGAAGCAAUGUUGUCUCUGUGUCUGGAAUACCAGAGCAUUCAUACAAGGAUUUACAGAAAGCAACCUAUAAUUUUACAACACUAAUAGGACAGGGGGCCUUUGGUCCAGUUUAUAAAGCUCAGAUGUCAAGUGGUGAGACUGUUGCCGUAAAAGUGCUUGCAACUGAUUCUAAGCAAGGGGAGAAAGAGUUCCAGACAGAGGUUAUGUUGUUGGGAAGGCUGCAUCACAGAAACCUUGUAAAUUUGGUUGGAUAUUGUGCAGAAAAGGGUCAGCAUAUGCUUGUCUAUGUGUACAUGAGUAAAGGCAGCUUGGCUUCUCAUUUGUACAGUGAAAAUCAUGAACCUCUGAGCUGGAAUUUGAGGGUUUAUAUUGCUUUAGACGUAGCAAGGGGCUUGGAAUAUCUUCAUGAUGGGGCAGUUCCUCCUGUAAUACACAGGGAUAUUAAGUCAUCCAAUAUUCUGUUGGACCAGUCCAUGAGAGCCAGGGUGGCCGAUUUUGGGCUUUCAAGAGAAGAGAUGGUAGACAAACACGCAGCUGAUAUACGUGGAACUUUUGGAUAUCUUGAUCCAGAGUAUAUAUCUACAAGCACCUUUACUAAGAAAAGUGAUGUUUUCAGCUUCGGGGUAUUGCUCUUUGAAAUCAUAGCGGGCAGAAACCCUUUACAGGGUCUCAUGGAAUAUGUUGAGCUAGCAGCUAUGUGUACUGAAGGGCAAGUUGGGUGGGAGGAAAUUGUGGAUUCGCGAUUGGACGGGAAAUUUGAUGUGCAAGAGCUGAACGAAGUAGCAGCUGUUGCAUAUAAAUGUGUCAACCGUGUUCCCAAAAAACGGCCUUCCAUGAGAGACAUUGUGCAAGUUCUAACACAAAUCCUUAAAACGAGACACAGCAAGAAGCAUCAUCAGAAGUCCCUAUUUGCAACCGCAGAUGAGGUUUCAACUGACUUAGAACAAGGAGAAACUAAGAUUCCGAUAACUGAACACAGGAGAGAUGAGUCCAUGGACAGUGCAGAUUGAAGCGCCUAUUCACAGCUCAAACCCGAUGCUUGAUUCUAAAGAACAAGAUGACACUAGCCAGGUGGGUAAUAAAGUUUUAGAUAAUGGGAAAAAGGUCCGCAACCUUGUAAAGACUGGAGAAAUCAUCGACAGUGAUGAAAUCUGGAAGAAACUGAAGGUAGCUGUAACGGAGAAAACUGAAGUCACUGCUGCUGUGUCUUAGACCCUAAACUCAUAACUUCAAUAUCAAAUGUAGCUCCUGGAAAUCUUGAUGUUUUUUGUCAUCUUCCAUCUUUAUUCUCCGAUUACGUUAAAAAUCUUGAAAGCUUGUCAUUUGUAAAUCCGUUCUUUUUCCUAGCAGUAUAUAUUUCUGUGGAUCUAUGAAUAUAUUGUAUGGCAAACAAAU